ACAUUUCAUUCACAACAACAUGCACUCAUCAGAUCUAGAGUGAGAUCUAGAUUACUCAGGACAUUUUAUUAUCUUUCCCAGAAGAUAUCCAACGAUGUCAGAUACGCCUGUAGAAGAAACAGAAUUAUUGAUAUUCGACCAGGGAGAUUCGAUACUUCCUCAGUCCACAGAGAGCUCAGCGCCACUGAAUGGAAAUGAUAAUCACACGAGAGUUCAAGACACAGCGGAAAGACCACCAGACGAUAAUGGUCCGGUUGAAAAUAACGAAAUAGCACUACCUGGCACUGGCAGUCCAUUUCUCGGUAUUAAAAUGCCUUUAAUACCUUUACAACCUGCUCGUCCAAUCAAAUCUUCACCCGCUGACGAAAUUGAUAAUGAAAACAAACGAUGGCUCGGCUUGGAUGGAGAAGAAGAACCACAACAUUCGAUCGAAAAUCCAAUCGAUCUUGAAGACGUAAUUCAACCAUGUCCAGAUGAUUCCAGACCAGUAAAUUGCUGUUGUUUAAACAGCACGAGUUAUCUGGAGAAGAAGCAAAAGGACCUUUUCUUUGCCGUCAACUACCAUGAAGAAGAAAAAGUGAAAAAAAUACUGGCUGAAGAGGAAUUCCACACUCUGGUUAAAUUGCUAACAAAACGUGAUGCGAACGGUCUCCCGUGUGUUAUGAGAGCGAUAAUGCGACUGAGCUGCAUUCAGAUUCUCUUGGAUUGCAUAAAUGGUUUUCCGGACCAUGAGGAUAAAAUGAUGGCACUUCAAUCAAUUGACGGCAGGAACGUUUUUCACUUUGCCGCACAGGAGGUGCGAAAUCAUGAGUUGAUAAAAAGCAUCGAGACUUCUUGUCCGUUGAAGAAAGAACUUGUAGACGAUCCAGAUGAUUGUGGGACUACUCCAUUGAUGCUGGCUUGUCACUUCAACAAUCAUGCCAUGGUUCGUACAUUGGUGAGACUGGGAGCCAAAAUAGAUCAUGUCAAUAAAGAUGGUUAUUCCCCUAUAUACCGCGUCACCGCAUCUGGAAGUGCUGAGAUAUUACAGCUUUUUCUGGUCGAAGGCUCAAGAAAAGCGACCAAUCAAUCGCAGCUUUUUACAAAUAGCGAGCUCUACAAAGGAGGUACAAUACUUCAAGCUAUUCUAGAAAGUAGCUCGUCCGAGAAAUCCGAGAAAUUAAGAACCUGCAUGAAUGUUCAAGAUGGACGAGAACACAUCAUCCAGUGUUUGAAAAUAGAACUAAAAAGAAAUAAAAGUUUUAUUCACAAACUCUGUGAAACGCCACUGGUCGAACUGGUUGAACUAGCUAUUGAAGAAAAUGACGAAAAGGACAUGGUUUUUCGAAAGACCGACGAAAGAGGCAAUACCCCUUUAAUAAGAGCAAUCGAAGCCAAGCAGUUUGGUGUUGUCCGACUGAUUUUAAGUACACCUUGCGGUAUAAGAACUUUGACUGAAAAAAAAGUGGACACGAAAGAGACAGCGCUGAUGAUAGCCUGUAAAAAAGGCUUUGAGAUAGUUGAGUUUAUGUUGGAAACUUCAACUGACACAGAUUUACUCGUGGAACAGGAUAGAGUCGGUAGAAAUGCUUUUCACCAUGCGGCAAAAAACGACACCAUAUUUUCUCUAAUGAUUGAUGUGUGUAAACGCACGGAGAGGUACAACGCGUACAAAAAUUAUCUAAAUCAAAAAGACACCAAUGGCUUCACACCGCUGCACUAUGCUGCAACUGCUGGUUCAUACAAGAUUGUUAAACUCUUGCUGGGGGAAAUAAUGGCGUUCCCUACGAUAUUCGCACGACAAGGAAAACGAAACAGCGCUCCACCUUGCAUCUUACGUAGGCUGCAAUAA